AUGAGAUCGACGUUCGUAGAAUGCUUUGAAUGCCACAUGGUAUGGUUUCAAAAUCGUCGCGCAAAAUGGCGAAAACGUGAAAGACAAGCAACCAAUAUUAGCACAAUUAGUGGUAGUACUGCGCCUGUAAGCGUUGGUGUAAAUCAGUAUUCCUAUUCAUCAGCUCAAAUUAGUCGACCGGAUUAUAAUCACGGCAUGCAAGUACCAUUGCAGCAAUCUGUCUUUACAGGUGAAAGCUUGAUGCAAGGCAAUCCACGAGCUGGUCCAUCGCAAUAUGGUUCUACCACCAAAUCGUUUCAGCAGUUACCUCUUAUUGGCACACCAGAUUUAAUGACUCGAUUUAACCAUAGAUAUGGUUCCUAUCCAUUACCUACUGUCCAGCAGUAUACUGCUAGUAGUAAUGCCUCUUCAAAUGCCGUAUCUGGAGACGCUAAUUUUCAACACAUAACAACACACCAAGCCCAUGAUGGUGUACCGCAACAAUCAGGCGGAGGUUAUUACGCAUCAGUUUCAACUAAUCUUAAUAUGUCAUGA